UUCCUCAUCUCAGCACGCAAGGCUUUGGCCAUCCCAGCCCCUCUGAGGGAUCCCGGCUGGCUGGGUUGGGAGCCAGCGCCGCGCCGCGCCGCCCAGCCGAGGGAGAGGGGAUCCCGUGUGUCCCUCGACUCUCUCUGGAGCCCUAGCAGGUUCAUGUUGGGAAAAGGUUUGAAACGCAAGUUGAAUGAUUAUGAAGAGAACAUGGCUGGUGUGUCAAGUGCCUUUGAUUCCAGUCGAAACCUGCCAUACCCACUCAAGCGUCAGUUGGUGCUCAAUGUUUGCCUUGCCAAGUUACAGACAUAUAAGAUGCUGGUGGAACCAAAUUUACAUCGUUCUGUCCUUAUAGCCAAUACUGUCAGACAAAUCCAAGAAGAGAUGAGGCAAGAAACUAGCCAACAGUCUGUUAACAUGUGGGGUGGUUUAAGUACUACCCCUUCCAAUUAUUUAGGUUUUGAUUUCUUUGGAAUGCCUUCACACUUUUUGCCUGGUAUUAUUCAACAGGAAUCAUAUGGUUAUGAACCACGGUCUAUGGAAAGUCCAAUUGAAAAUAGCUUGUUGAUGGUUUCAGAUAAUGACAUGUCAUCAGCCAUUUCCUCUAUUCUAAAAGAUUUGGACUUCAUGGAAGAUGUGAGUCCGCCUUCUUACUUGGCUGGAUCUGGAGAUGAUCAAUUGAAGACCUCUGAAAUGUCAGUUCUUAAGUUAGAAGAAGAUAGACAAGACUUGAAAGGAGUUGAAUGUGCAUUUGGUUCCUUUGAAAUUUCAAAUUCAACUAGUUACUUGAAGGACUUGGCUAUUGAUGACAUAUUUGAAGAUAUUGACACUUCAAUGUAUGAUUCAGACUUUGAUUGCCCCUCACCAACUCCUCCAAGAACCCUGUCUGUGGCAACAACAGAAGAAACGUUGAAGACAUUCCCUUCUUGUAAUUCUUCCUCAGCAAACAACAUCCCAAUAUGCAGAAGUGAUAUCACUGAUUUAGACCAUAUUAUGGAAAUUCUUGUAGGGUCCUGACACCUUUGCUAGCCCAAAGAUGCGUUUUCCUAAGCUGCCAUACAAUGCUGGUUUGAAGAUAAGUCCCAGAGGAGAGUGAACUUCAAAAUGUUACGCCAGAAAGGCAGCUACAGACAUUUUUCUUUAAUGGUUCUGAAAACCUCCCUAAAAUUCCUAUAAACCAAAAAAAAAAAGUGGCAGCCUGUCAUAUAAAAUGAAGUAUUUAUUAAAUCAAUUGUGCAAUCUUUUUAACUCUUUUAGGCUAUACAUGAGGAGUAUUUCUCGUGUGUUUCUAACUUUUUAAUGUGCAAUUUUUAAUCUGUGUGAAGGAUUUGCAGAACAGUGAUUUUCAUAAGGGGAAACAUCAUCUGAAGUCUAAAGAUUUAUUUUUAGUAUUAAACUACAUUCUUUAUUGGCAUUCACUGAAGUUGUAUACAUGGAUUUGCAACCUCAGUACAGUAUAUUUUUAAAGUAUUUAAGGAACUACAGAUCUCUUCCCCUUUAUUGAAGAUUCUAGAUACUUGGCAGCAAAAUCUUUUGCAUUUUGUAAAACGUUUAAAAUUAUUUAUUUUUGUAAAUUUUAUAGUCUUUUUACAUUUUAUUACAAUAUUCUAGAUCGGAGAUGAAUUUCUGGUUGGAUGUGGCUGGCACUACCUCUGUUAGCAGAAAUGCUUUAAUUCUUUGCUUUGUCUAACACUGCAGAUCUUUUAGUUUUCUUGGAUAUUUCUGGUGGUAGAUAGCAAUUUGCUGAUUGGUUAAAUUUUAUGGUAUUUAACUGUAAUUUAUAUGUAUAUUGUCCCAAUUUUAGAACUUUGUCAGUGUUACGUGCAUCAAUUUGGAGGUAAUAUGGCUUUUUACAAUUUAGUAUUUUCUGUAUAGUUAGAGCUAUUUUAAUUCUCUGAAACAGAGUUUUAGAUUUUAUGUGCAAUAUAUCACUUAAGCAGGCCACUUUUGCACAUGCUGUAUUACAAGAAAAUACAUACAAUCUAGAUGAUGGAAAUUUAUAAUAGUGUGUUAUCGGAGGUAUACCAUGCAUGUACGAGAUUUGUAAGAGUUGAAUAUGGCUUGCCUAAGCACUGCUCUGAUUUUGUACAUCUCUUUUUCUCAAAAUGGAACUUUAGUUGUCCAAAAUGCUUGCAAUGGAUUGUAUCUUCUUAGUGGCAGUUUUUAAUCUUGGUUUGGCCAAAUAAAGGUCUAAUUGAGUAGAAGUCCAGCCAAUCAUGCUGCCAUUUGAGAGUUAGUAGUCUGCCUAUAUAAGAAUUAUACUUCAAAUUAAAGAAAUUGGGUUUUUGCCACAUCACAAGAUAGGUUUGACAUUUGCACAUAAUAUACUGAAGUGUUCAGUUCAUUGUGUACAAAGCAUGUCCUAGUCCAGUUCUGGUGCUACUUGGCAGGCUGUCUCAGUGCUGGCACCAUUUGGGGACAGUUCUGCAUUGCCAACACGUUGACAUUCCAACCACAAGCCUGUACUGUUCCAUGGUCAUAGAAGCAGCAUCUGCUCCCUUCUUAUUGAAGACACAUGGCCACUCUAUGUUCUAGCAUUGCAUCCUUGAGGAGUCCAGUUAAGUUUGAAAAUAUUACAAUAAACCACUUAUCAAGCAAGCAACACAACAGAUGUAGAUAAGUUUAAAAAAUGGAGGGAAGAACAGAGAAAAACAUUGCCAUUCUAUCUGCUACCAGAUAGACUUUUAUGUGUGUGUCUAUCCACCUACUCCUCAUUGCUUCCAAUUAAGCUAGCAAAUUUAACUUGGAAGUUUGCUAUAUUGAAAGCAAAACAUCCAAACUUGGUUGCAUAUUCAUAACAGCUGACGGUUUUUGUUUAACAAGACAGCGGAAAAAGAUGCCUACCUUUGAAAACACUAAUAUUUGUAAGUAAGUUUUCUAGGAGGAUGGGAGAUACAUUUUAAAAUUGAACUAUAGAAUACACAUUGGCUAAUUUUCAUCUGAAUUGCAGUUGAAACCGUUUAUAGUAUGGCCAUUUUCUGAUGGUAAAAUCUUGGCACGGAGAUUAUCUUGGACACCAUAAAAUAAUAUAUUGGAGCUAACUCUCCAAAGGAGCAUCUCAUUAUUGCAGAACAGUAGCUGCACCAAUAUCACCUUUCAUUUCCAUCUCCCAUUUUUUGUGGUGUUGGAACCAAUCCACUACUCAACUUGAAGUGCAAUGAGAUUCAAGUCAUCUGAUGUAGUUGCUGCGUUAUAUGUAGCAUUGCAUUUAAGGAAUGAAAAGGUGCUUCUCUGCAUUCAUAAGAGUAGUGAUCAUCAGGAUGUAACUCUGGCUAUUGUUCACUAUCCUAUAUCAAUCUUGUUUUUCUAUUUCUCUUCAUUCUUUCCAUUUCACCGUACAAAAGGAAUCCUCCAAACAUUAGUGGAGCAUUAAGAUUUUGCCUUAUGUUUAAUCUUCGGCAAGCAUCAAGUGCAGUCUUUUGUUGAAAACCCAUUCUUUUAAUUAGUACCGGUUCUUUACCUUGGACCCAACAUGAGUCAAGAUGAAGCUGGAUUCUAUAACUAAUGCUAAAUCAAUCCAAUUUUAUUUACUUAAUGCAUAUUUUGGCAGUAAAAAUGUAUUUAUAUACAUAAAAGAUUUGCAGUUACAUCUAAAUCAUAGCACGCCCUUUUGCAAAAUGUUUUCUAUCUUUUAUGUAAAAAGGAUUAGAUAAAAAGAAUGUAUAGUUUGUACAUAAUGCAUUUUUGUAUAUAGAAAAUUAAUCUAAAAAUGGGAAGGGCCCUCUGCACUGUGAUAAAGCAGACUAGUGGCUACAAUUUUUUAAAAAUACCCUUAUUAAACAUUCAGAUCUAAUUGAUUGUCAUCUACAGUUCUUAAGCUUAACGAUACAAUUAAAUAUCUAAGCUGCACAAGCAAUGUACCAGUGGUAGAAACAUGUAGAUUGGCUGCCAAUUGUUGAUUAGGCAUCUCAAAAGGAGUUCUGAUUUGAAAUAAGGAUUAGUCUCACAAGCUUUCCUGGAAGGUAAAGAUGUUCAUUCUUCUUUAAUCAUGAUUUGAUAACCUUCUCAUCUUCAAAAUACACCCCAGAGUGGUUUCCAAUCUUACCUGAAAAAGUUGGCAGAAAUCAUUCUUGAGCAUCAAACAGCAAUGCCCAUAAGCAUUGUGUUUUUCACUUUAUCAGGACAUAGAAGACCUUUGGUCAACUUCUAGCUUCAAAAAAGGAAAGAGGCCCCACUUAAUUUGAAAGUUGUAUUUCAUUUGUGAAAUGGGUAGUCCUCGGGUUACAACACAAAUAAACCUGGAAUUUCCAUCACUAAAGCAGCCAAAGUUUAAUCUUACAUGACUGCAUUGCUUAGCAAUGGCAAUCCUGGCAGCCACUGUAACCCAGAACCGUGCAGUUUGUUAUGUGGUAAAAGCUGGGAAUCACAGGUAAGGAGUGUAGGGAGAUGCUGUGGGUAGGGAUAGUAGAGCUUCCCCAUCCCUGCGGAUUUUCCUUUCCUUCAACUUUGCUUGUGGAAGCCAGCAGGGAAAGUCCCAAAUUAUGAUCAUGUGAUUGCAGCUUCCUACAACAUAGGAGCUGAGCCUCCAGGAGUUCAGGGGUGGGAUUGAACCGGUGUUACUACCAGUUCGGUGAUUACGUUUUGCUGCG